AAACUUAACUGUAGCAAAGAACUAUCUACACUUUGUGGUGAAAAUGGAGAAUCAGGAGCCUGAAAUCGAGAAAUUGCCUGAAGAAGAGGUUCCUGAUCGAGAACCAGACCAGAAGAAGGUCAAGAUUUCAACCAUCGGCCAUGAAACAGGUUCGUCGGUUCCUGCCGCCGGCGGAAGCAACGUCGCUGAGCAUAGAAAGCCGAAAUAUAGGCGGCGGAAAGUUGCAAUCGUGUUUGCGUUUUGUGGAGUAGGGUAUCAGGGAAUGCAGAAGAAUCCUGGAGCCAAAACCAUUGAAGGCGAGCUCGAAGAGGCUCUGUUCCACGCCGGAGCCGUACCGGAGGCUGACCGAAACAAGCCUCGAAGUUACGAGUGGGCACGAUCCGCUCGAACCGAUAAGGGCGUGAGUGCGGUGGGACAGGUGGUUUCUGGUCGUUUCUAUGUUGAUCCGCCUGGAUUUGUGGAGCGGCUCAAUUCGAAUCUACCUGAUCAGAUUCGUGUGUUUGGGUACAAGCGUGUGGCUCCGUCGUUUAGCUCCAAAAAAUUCUGUGAUCGGAGGAGGUAUGUGUAUCUUAUCCCGGUUUUUGCUCUGGAUCCAUGCGUACAUAGCGAAGCUGAGAUGGUUAGAACGGAUUUAGGCUACGAAUAUGUCAAAUGUGUAGAGUGCUCUGAGAAUGGUUAUAAGAUCCCAGUUGGUGUUAUGGGGAAAGACACUGAUUGUGAUGCAAAAUCAUUGGAGAUUCAGUCAGACAUUUCGCACAGCAACUGUGAUUCAUUAGGAAUUGAUGAUGUCAAGUCUGAAGCUUUGAGCUCGAGUGUAUCUAAUGGAGAUGAUAACCUAAACUCGGAAGUUCUAGAUGGGGCUGAUGUAGCUGCUCGUGUUGUGACAGAGGAAACCCCUGAUUCAAGCUCUAAAUCAGAGGAUAUGGAAGAAUUGAAUUUGGAUUCUUCGAAAGAAUCGGAUACUUUGGCUAAGGGAGAGAUGAAAAAUAAGGAAAGAAGAGACAUGACAGAGGGCAAUUUCUGUUAUGGAGAGAAGGAAAAAGAGAGGUUUAAUAGAAUACUAAGCUAUUAUGUUGGUUCACAUAACUUCCACAACUUCACCACCAGAACGAAAGCAGCAGACCCAGCUGCGAAUCGCUACAUUCUCUCUUUCAACGCAAACACAGUGAUUAAUCUCGAUGGAAAAGAUUUUGUCAAGUGUGAAGUUGUUGGACAGAGCUUCAUGCUUCAUCAAAUCCGCAAAAUGAUUGGACUUGCUGUUGCUGUCAUGAGGAACUAUGCUCCUGAAACACUCAUCGAAACUGCUUUCAAGAAGGAUGUGCGAAUAAAUGUACCAAUGGCGCCAGAAGUUGGAUUAUACCUUGAUGAAUGCUUCUUCACGUCUUACAACAAAAGGUUUAAAGGCAGUCAUGAGGAGGUGUCCAUGGAAGAGUACAAGGAAGUAGCUGAAGAAUUCAAAUGGAAACAUGUUUACUCUCAUAUUGGCUCAGCUGAAGAAAAAGAUGGAGCUGUGGCUAUUUGGUUGCAUUCGCUGAACCAUAGAAACUAUCCUGAUCUACGAAGGAAUGAGUUCAAACCGGAGGAAGUCAUUGUCUAUAAGAAGAUUGAUGAAGCCUCUGAACAAAAGAUCCAUGAGGAGAAAAUGACAGUGAAAGAGAACACUAAUUGCGUUGCAGAGCUAUUAGUUGUCGAUAAGGUAAAUGAUGGAGCCUCUGAAGGAGAAAUUAUGGAAGAGAGGAUAACACUAGAAGAGAACACAGCCGGGUGAAGCCGCUGUUGUCUGCGGAUCACUGGAUUCAGGUGGAAGCAUCCACCGCAGGUCCAAACCGGACGAGUGAGCCAGAUGAGUGACUUGGCGCGUUAUUGAAAAAGAAAGAUUUGGACAUUGUUUCCAUGUAUCCUUUGACUAGUAUCUAUGUUGAAAGUUCAAGUUGUGUUUUACGACAUUUAGAUCUUAUUAUGAUGUUAUGAAGUUACCGAAUAAAAGUGGCUAUUGCCA